AUGAAAGUUAUCACAGUCGGCGCCGGCCUAGGAGGACUCGUCGGUGCGGGGAUUCAAAUACCACCUAAUGGAUCUCGAAUUAUGAAAGAGCUAGACCUCUUACCAGAUGUUCUAGAGAAAGGCGCCAUAAUCGAAUCAAUGGACAUUCGACGAUACAAAGAUGGAGGAUUACUGACCUCUAUGCGCUGUGGGGAGACCGUCACACGAGAAUAUGGGGCGCCAUGGAUCAUGAUUCAUAGAGCAGAUUACCAUGCAAUUCUCCUAGAGCGGGCCAUUUCAUUAGGUGCUGAAAUUCGCUUGAAUGCAUCAGUCGAAGAGGUUAUUUUUGAGACUCCACAGGUGAUUUUGGCCGAUGGAAGUAGAAUCACGGGGGAUGUUAUCGUCGGGGCUGACGGUCUCUGGUCCACGGUACGAAAUGCGAUUCUCAACAGGCCUUCCCCUCCAAUCGAAACAGGAGACCUCGCAUAUCGGGCAACUUUCUCCCGAACCCAGCUCGAGGACCUCAACGAUUCCAAAAUCAAUGAGCUGUGUUCCAAAACCACUGUGACAGCUUGGUUUGGACCAAAGAACCAUGCAGUCUUCUAUCCUAUCCGUGGCGGGACGGAGUUCAACCUUGUCUUGUUGCAGCCUGACGACCUACCAGCUGGAGUACGCACCGAACAAGGCGAUCUAGAUGAGGUUCGGUACGGAUAUAGAGAUUGGGACGAAACGUGA